CGCUCCCAUUUUCCAACAACCAGUGCGUUGCGCGUUCAACUUUGCAUCAAUUCUUCAAUCUCGUCGCGCGUCUACGUCGCCUUCAAGUUAUCGCACCGGCACUGAUUGCCCACCUCCGCGACACUCGCCCCUGUCGUUGCCAUUGAUGGUCUAGUUUGUCCAAUACCCUAUACCCGCGACAAGAGCGCCAUCACGUGGCCCCACUUAUAAUCUUGCCAGGGUGCGGCGACGCCAUCCAGCCGCCUGCAUCACCCCAGCACUCGAGAGCGCUCUUGCAGCAUCGAGCCAUCUCUCUGCUUUCUGCGCGCGCAGUAACGCAAGAUGGUCAAGAGCACAGCACCCCUCCAGAUCCGGCUCACGGAGCCUGUCAUCUAUCUACGAGGUACCUCCACCGGAGCCGACUUUCGAGGGCGGCCACAACAAGCGCGCGACGACGGGCCCUCGGCGGUCGUGCGUGGCCUCCUUACGUUGCGAUUGAGCAAGCCGACCCGCAUCCGCAACAUCAGUAUCACCCUCGAAGGCAACGCGCGCACGGAAUGGCCGGAAGGUAUCGGACCUAAGCGCACGGACACGUACGAAGAACACGAACUGAUCAACGAGACCACGACGUUCUUCUCGGGUGCCGAGGAAGCAAAGGCAAACACGGCGCGGAGAAGUGCAUCCGUCGGUCCUGGCGUGCUCGCGCAGUACGAUCUGGACAGUGAUGACGAGGACGCGCUUGCGGUGCGCGAGGAGGACGACUGGGAGACGCGAGGGCGACCCCUGCCUAGAUCACUCAGUGUCCUCCCUGCCGAUCCAUCCGACUGGCAGGAGUGGUACCGUGAUGGCAUUUCUCGGGCUGGAAGCCCCGUCAACAGCGCGGCUCCCAGCCGCACCGCCAGUGUUGCCGACCUCUCAUCCCUUAUCAACGCUUCCGGCCAGUUGACGAUCGACGAGCGUGGCCCGACGCCUGCAUACUCUGCGACGAACACCCCCCCGGCUGCCACAACUCCGCCUAUAUCUUCUCACCCGUCAUCCAUCCUCCUGCACCGAGGAAGCCGUACACGUUCGCCCAUGCCCAAUGGGGACGGCUCGCGUCGCGCGAGCGAUCAAGAUGAUUCAAGUGUGGCGGAAACGCCCCUUGCGCCCCCUCCCGAGGGACUCUUUGCGCAUGCCACCGGCUCGCCCGUCCCGAACGUCCGGUUCAACGAAGGUGCGGCGGAGGCCGCACUCGCGGCCGCCGCAAAGGCGGAGGAGGAGGACAACGGGCUUCGGCGGACCGCCUCGGCUCGAUCGGGGGUCGAGGAAGACUCCGACUAUCAUCCGGUGAGAGACACGACAUUAACGGCGCACAACACCCCACACCAUUCGCCUGCGCUUCUGGCCCACAACGCCUCCGCACCCGACCAAACAUCACCACAUCUCGAGCGGAUUGCGUCGCACAACCCACCAGAGCUCACGCUGCCGCCAGCAACCCGGCGGCAGAGCAGCUUGCGCACCGAGGUCGACAGUGAACCAAGCGAGCUAAGCCGGCGCAGUUCGCGUCCCAGGCCAGGGUCAAUUGCAAUCCACGACGACUCGAGCAGCUCAUUGGCGAGCCCUGCCGUUCCCGACGAGCGUGGGCGCGAGCGCCAUCACCAUCGUUUCAGCUUGGCUGCAGCCUUGCGUGGUCUAAGUGGUCACCGGAGCGCGUCGCGGAAUCAGACGGGCAGCCGACCUGGGAGUCGUGCAAGCAGCCGCACGCGUGGAGUUGACACGCCAAGAACACCCAACUUCGAAGCAAGCGAAAUGUCGCGCAACGCGAGCCUGCAGAACCUGCCCUCGCUGCGUUCUGGCGCGCGGAGUCGCGCAUCUUCUCCUACUGGGCGCGCCGACCGUACUGAGAGCCGCGGGCGAACGCGGCACAGACUAUUUGGCAAGCAGGAGCCGGCUGAUGAGCACGCAGGUCAUACCUGGAAGGAGUUCCGGAAGGGUGUGUAUAACUAUCCCAUCUCGUUCACCAUCCCGGCCAACGCUCCACCAACAGUGCAUGCCGAGUUCGGCAGCGUGAUCUAUCGCCUCAAGGCGACGGUAGUGCGUGUCGGCGCGCUCACGCCCAACCUCGUGGAGGAGAAGGAGGUGCUCAUGAUCGCGGGGCCGCAGGAGGACGACAUGGAGGAGACGGAGAACGUGAUAGUCGAGCGGCAGUGGGAAGACCAGAUGCGCUACCAGAUCGCGCUGAGCGGCAAGGCGUUCCCCAUCGGGGGUUCAAUCCCCAUCGCCAUCAGAUUGAUGCCUUUAGCCAAGUGCAAGAUCUUCCGGCUCACAAUUGCGCUAGAGGAGAAGACUGACUACUUUGCCGCCAACAAGAAGGUGGCGCGCCACGAGACGCCACGACGCUUCAUCCUCUUUGCGGCCAAGAAUCAGGAUCGCAAGGAUCGGGGUGACCCACUCCUCCCGAUCCUGUCCGAGUCGAGCACUGCGGCAAAGGACUCGCCUCUCGCCCCGCUUGCGCGGCAGGCGGCACUGAACAACCCACGCGAGUUCAGUCAGCUUGUCCACCCCGAGGACGACGUCUACGCCUCCCUCCUGGACCCCAUGGGUCCAUGGCACCUCGAGAAGGACCUAGUGGUUCCAGAUUGUGCGAGCCGCAUCAAGUUCACAACCAAGCACGAGAGCACGAACAUGAGCGUGCAGCACUGGCUCAAGGUCACGAUUCGCGUGGAGCGUGGCGACGACAAGGCUAUCGACAACAAGGGCCGCCGGAAGCAGUUUGACAUCAUCAUCGAGACGCCACUCAAGAUGCUCGACUGCCGCGUCAACACGCAGUACAACUCGCUUCCCUCAUACGACCGGGUGGACAUGGAGGCGUCUCCCUUAGGACGAGGGUGUGCGGUCCACGCGCGUGCCGAGCAGCAGAAGAUCAACACGGGCAACGUCCUCAUCGGCGCCGGUGCCUCUGUGCUCUCGACCUUGACCCACCCGGCUCAGCUGUAUCACAUGAGCGAGCGCUCCUCGCCCGCUGGCACGCCGGGACAUCUGACCCCGCACGCCCACACAGUCGCGCACACCGGUGCGCACACGCCGAUCUCGCCCGGCGCCAUCUCGCCGCCGCUGCCCGGACACGGGUCGCACGCCCCCGGUCAGCCAGAGCACGACGACUCGCUCCUUGAGCGAAACAUCGUGUACGACCGCUUGAUCAGCGGGCAGGAGGCCGAGACGGGCGAGAAGCCACCCACGUACAAGGAGGCUGUGGCGCACGCUAUCCGCUCGGCGCGCUCAGCGAGCCGCGCGGGUAGCCGCAGCAGGCCCGUGAGCGUUACCCGUGCAGGAGGGAGCCGGCCCGCGAGCAGCGCCGUCAGCCGCCGCUCCAGCCCCACGCGGAUGUAUAUUGAGGAGUAGGACGGUAUGCUCGUACAGAUUAAAUGUCACUGUACAUGUUGCGAGCGCUGCAAGUUUUGGAGUGUUUGUGACAAGGACCCAGUGCAGGUGCGCAGAUGAAGUCCUCCGGUCACGUUCGGCGUAUCGCAAUUCGUUUCCCCCCCCCCCUCACAACAACACGUCUGCUCCCGCACCUG